AUGUACUGCUGCUCGAAGGGCGAAAAGGUGGCGCAGGUGAAAGCGACGCUGGAGGCGAAAACCAAGAAGGUGCCUCUGUGGAACUCUAUAUUUCCCGCUUCUCUGCGGUACCAGGUUGCCUUGGAUGAUCCUGCCUUCGUCUGCUGCAAGCCACUUUUCGACAACACUCUCGUCGCCAUUCUCGGAAUCAUUCUCAAUAUGGCCCCCCACUCCGGUCACCAUUUGCAAAUUAUCAACACGGUGCCUAAAGGAACCGGUGCCUUUCCGCAAUUCACCAAGCUUCCCCUCGAGCUUCGCUCCAUGAUAUGGGAGCAAUCACUCUGUUACGAGCGUCUGAUCCGAGUGGACCUUUGGCCGGGGAGCUCUCUCGAACAUUUGAACGAGGAUCAGAAGUGGGCUGUCGGCGACAGGCUGAGGCUUCGCUCCAGCUCUCGGAAAGCUUUCUCAUCGUCUUGAGGAACAGGCAUGAAAUAAGCAAGCUCUUUCGCGUUUGCUCCGACUCGCGACAAGCUGCUCUGCGUUUCUAUCGGGUCCAAGUGCCUUGCUAUUAGAAGCAGCUGGGCAGUCCUCCGAUAGAAGGGACUUUUUAUUUCCACCCGGAGCUAGAUAUCUUGGAUAUAUCCGGGCAAGGAUUCCUUCCCAGGUUCGCGCAUCUGCUCUGGACCCGUGAUCCUCGGCGUGUUGGACUCGUCAACCUUGGGCUGGCUAAGAGGGC